AUGCAAAAGCGAGAGGCUGGCCCGCGGCUUAUUUUGACACAGAAAUCCACGUUGGUGGGAGUGGUGAAAACUAUCCCACCCGCCUGCCCAGUUACUCAGACCCGCUCUUAUGCGAGCGCAGCCGCGACCUGCUCGCAUUACUCUCAGAGCCGCGGGAUCGCGGCUGCAAGUGCCGCGACAUCUGAGGACGGCUCAGUGCACUCUGGGCGCUCGGCAAGCUCGGAGGGCCGCGGACAAUCUCCCGCGAACGGCUUAGCAGAAGCGGCCCGGUCGCUGGUAUACAAAAGCGGCCAGGAUACAGAGGAGGGUACAGGGGGAAUGAGGUCUCGCUCCCCAUCGAGGUCCUCAGCCUCACGGCUGGGAACACCGGCAGGGGGGUCUUUCCCUCCAUCUCCCUAA